AUGACACCAAGACGCUUCAAUGACGUCACAUUCCUGGUCAAGAAGACACCUAUGUAAAAUGGGAGCCGGACUUUUCAAGGAUUUUCCGUCUUAAUUGACUGUGCAGAGAGCUAAACGCUCCGCAGUUUUGAGAAAAUUAUCGUAAAUAACCGGGCCAGCAUCAUGACGGAGGAGGCAAAUCCUGCGAAUGGGGAUGGAAAAGUCAGCCGUAUCAUCCGGAUUGGAACCCGCAAGAGUCAGUUGGCUCGGAUUCAAACAGACAGUGUUGCAGAAAAACUGAAAGAACUGCACCCUGACAUCCUUUUGGAAAUUGUGGCCAUGUCAACAAUUGGGGACAAAAUUCUUGACACAGCUUUAUCGAAGAUUGGAGAAAAGAGUUUGUUCACCAAAGAGUUGGAGACUGCUCUGGAGAAGAAUAUGGUGGAUCUGGUGGUCCAUUCACUGAAGGACCUUCCCACCACGCUGCCUCCAGGAUUCACUAUCGCAGCUGUGCUCAAGAGAGAGAACCCCCAUGAUGCUGUGGUACUACAUCCAAAACAUGUCGGGAAAACGUUGGAGACUCUUCCAGAAAAAAGCGUGAUAGGCACAAGUUCACUGCGUCGUACUGCUCAGUUAAAGAGGAGAUUCCCCCAUUUGGAGUUCAAAGAUAUUCGUGGAAACUUGAACACAAGGCUGAAAAAACUGGAUGAAAAGGAGGAUUUUGCUGCCAUUAUCCUUGCUGCUGCUGGUCUAAGGAGGAUGGGGUGGGAAAAUCGUAUCAGCCAGAUUCUGGAGCCUGACGAUUGCAUGUAUGCUGUUGGACAGGGCGCACUUGCUGUGGAGGCUCGAACCAAAGACACAGACAUCCUGGAGAUGCUGUCUGUGCUAAAUGACACCGACACUGUGCUGCGCUGCAUUGCCGAGAGAGCAUUUCUCAGGCACCUGGAGGGAGGUUGCAGUGUUCCGGUGGCUGUGCACACAGAAGUGAAAGACUCACAGCUUUACUUGACUGGUGCCGUGUACAGCUUGGACGGUUCAGACUUUCUGAAGGACACCAUGCAGACUAGCAUUGCUUCUACACUUCAGUGUCAGGAAGAAGUGGAUGAGCAGGUCCAGCAUGUGGGGGUGACAGCUAUCAAGAUCUGCAGCGCCUCACAGAACAAUGCUGAGCAUCUGGGAGUAGACUUGGCCAACUUGCUCCUGAGCAAAGGCGCCAAGGAGAUCCUGACAGUGGCCCGACAGCUCAAUGAUGCUAGAUAAUGGCUGCUUCAUCAUCAAAGCAAUCCGGUUAGGUUGUUCAGAGCUUCCAUAGUGUUUUACAAUUGUACUGCCUUGAAACACCUCACAAAGAGCAGUCACUAAAUGUCUGUCUUAAAUUCAUCAAUAUUUUAAGGUUUAGGCUGACAAAGACAACAUUUUGUAGGUUUGAGCUAUUUUUAGUUUAGCUUUAUUUUGUUGUUGAGCACUUGAUACUCAUCUCACCCAUAAAAUACUUCAACUUUUAUCUAUCUAUAUAUAUUUAUAAAUACUGAACACAUACAUUUCCCAAAACAUCAUCACAAAUACCUUUCCAGCUAAUGAUGGCGAACUCAUACAACAUCAGUUUCACUACAUUGCUAAAUUGUUCCACACAGCCUGGUCGCAGGAGCUAAUUUUAUGUGGUGGGAAAAAAGUUUUGAUAUGUAAUCAUUUUGCUUGACUAUUCCACUUUUCAUCUGCUCAAAGUCUGUUAUCUGGGUUGCCUUAUUCUCAGUUCUAGAUUUUUUUUAAACGAAUGUGCUAAUGAAUAAAAAGAUCCAGUCAGUUUGAAGAUGCAUUUUAUUUUACAGUCUUUAUUAUAGUUUGCGUUUACCCCUUGAGUUCAAUGUUGAUCUUGUUUCACCUUUAAAUGUUAACUUUUUAUUUGUGCAGUUUCACAGUACUCAUUUUUACAUUAAUAAGAAGAUGUUAUUUUCCCCAAGUGUCCUUUUGUUUGGUUUACCCAGAUAUGAAUGUGACUUCUAUUUAAAGCAUUGAAAUUAA